UGCAGCAAGGCCGCCAAGAUAGAUCAUCGACGUUAACCCCGAUGCGAUGUUUAAGCUAAUAAUCCAAGUCAAAAUCAUACCUUGCCAUGCUCUCCAAGCUACUCCAAUUUUCUGCGAUUGAUGCGGUAAUGGACAGUACAACUACCAGUACAAGAUCCGGGUGACAAGCCAAGAAAACGCGGCCGCGCGGGAGGAGGAGGAUGGAGGAGAAGAGGCAGCGGCUGGUGAUCUCUCUCUCGGCGCUCUGCCUCGCCGUCGCCGUGAUGUCCGGCGCGCUGCUGCCGCCGCGGGCGUCGGCGGCGGGAGGGGUCGGGAGGAAGCGGCGGUGGGCCGGGUUCGACUACUACGUGCUGGCGCUGCAGUGGCCGGGCACCGUCUGCCGCCAGACCAGCCAUUGCUGCAGCUCCAAUGGCUGCUGCCGCUCACAUCCGCUCAAAUUCUUCACGAUCCAUGGGCUGUGGCCGCAGUACAGCUAUGGGGGAUGGCCAUCCUGCUGCAGGCCAACCACAUUCGACGGCAACAAGAUCUCGAGGUUGAAGACGAUACUCGAGGAGUACUGGCCGUCCUUGUACUGCGGCUCUUUCUCAACCUGCUUUGGUGGGAAAAGGCCAUUUUGGGUGCAUGAGUGGGAAACUCAUGGAACAUGUGGUUACCCUGAAAUACAGGAUGAAUACGACUACUUCUCUACAGCACUGUACCUUUACAGCAAAUAUAAUGUGACGAAAGCUCUGAAGAAAGCACAUAUUUAUCCUAGAGGAGGCAGGAAAUACUUAGUUGGUCAUAUCGUCUCUGCUAUUGAAUUUUCCUUUGGGGCAAUGCCAUCUAUUGUGUGUAAAAACGGCUCAGUUCAAGAACUGAGGCUCUGCUUCCACAAGGAUUAUCAGCCUCGCGAUUGCUUAGUUGAGGGUGAGAACUCUGUUAGAAGAAACCAUUGCCCUCGAUACGUCACUUUACCAUCAUAUAAACCACACGCAUUUGGCAAUUCUACAGAAGGAAUCAGUAACCAAGUCAACGUUGAGCACCAAUCAUAUCAGUAGAUCUCACAUCUCACUGUGAGUAUUCUACAAUAUAAACACGGCUCUGAUGACUCAGGAAUGAGAUGUACAGCAAGAAACCCACUAGGCACACAUACAGUAACGUCUGCAUCUGUAAUUCUAUAAUGCAAUUCAAUUGAUUAUAAAGCAACUGAAAAUCCCAUGCUGAGUUAUGCAGAACUUUUACUGCAUCUCAGUUUCUGUAAAUCUGUAAUUCUGAAUUGUCUGCAAAUUUGCAGCAUCCCGUCAUUUCCAAAUUCAAGCGCGCCGUUAACAAUUGCCAAUCUCA